AUGGACAAAGAUGAAGCUCACGAUUAUCUUUCGUCUUUACUGAACCAGAACCUGCGCAUCCACACCACCGAUGGCCGCAUGUUCCGGGGAGCCUUUAAAUGCACAGACCCGGACAUGAACCUCGUCUUGGGCAAUACACAUGAAUACCGACAACCUUCGACAAAGGAAGUCGGCGCCGCUGCGGCAAACACCUCUGGCGACUCGGUUUCCCUGGACAUGACGUCUCGAUACCUCGGCCUGAUCGUCGUUCCCGGGCAGCACAUUGUGAAGAUGGAAGUGGAGCAAUUUUUGAGCCAAAUCAAAUCCUGA